UGUAUGUAUGUAGCCAUUUUCCUCACAUUUUUCAAAAACCUGAAAACAAUAAUAGUUUAGUGUCAUAUUGCUUUGACGAUGAAUAGUGAAGAAUUUAAACAGUUUGGCAAAGCCAUGAUUGAUUACAUCGCUACUUAUUUGGAUAACAUAAGAAACAGAGAUGUUAUUCCGUCAGUUGAACCGGGUUAUAUGACAAAAUUAGUACCAGAAGAAGCCCCAACUAAAGGAGAAAAUUGGAGAGCUAUAAUGACCGAUUUGGAAAAAGUAAUUAUGCCUGGAAUUACACAUUGGCAUUCUCCUUAUUUUCAUGCUUAUUUUCCAACCGCCAACUCGUAUCCUGCGAUUGUUGGAGAGUUACUAAGUGCCGGUAUCGGCUGCGUUGGAUUUUCAUGGUUUUCAAGUCCUGCUUGCACAGAACUGGAAAUGUUGGUAAUGAACUGGCUUGCAAAGCUCCUCGGUCUUCCAGAUUGUUUUCUAAAUAAAUCUGGAUCUUCCGGAGGUGGAACGAUUCAGGGAUCAGCUAGUGAGACAACAUUUAUCUGUCUCAUUGCGGCGAGAGACAGGACGAUUAAAAGAAUAAAGCAAAAAUUCCCGCACAUGACAGAAUCUGAUAUUAGGGGUCGUCUUGUUGCAUACACGUCAGACCAAGCAAAUUCAUCAGUUGAAAAGGCUGGUCUCAUUGCAGCCAUUCCAAUGAAACAUCUUCCAUCAAACGAAUACGGUAAACUUACCGCAGAGACGCUCCUGGAAGCCGUAGAAAAAGAUGAAAGUAACGGUAUGUUUCCCUGCUAUGUUGUGGCAACUUUGGGAAGCACUGGCACUUGCGCUUUUGAUAAAUUAGAAGAAAUUGGACCAAUUUGUAAGAAAGAAGGUGUGUGGCUUCAUAUCGAUGCUGCGUACGCAGGAACUGCCUUUGUGUGUCCAGAAUAUCGACAUUUGAUGAAAGGCAUCGAAUUCGCGGAUUCCUUCAACUUCAACCCACACAAAUGGAUGCUGGUCAAUUCUGAUUGUUCUGCUAUGUGGUUAAAAGAAUCCCAACCCUUAAUAGAUGCAUUCAAAGUCGAGAGGAUCUAUUUAAGACACAAAUACGAAGGUCUCGUUCCUGACUACAGACACUGGCAAAUCUCUUUAGGGCGUAGAUUUAGAGCGUUGAAGGUGUGGUUCACGUUGAGAAUAUAUGGAACGGACGGGAUCAGAAAUCAUAUACGACAUCAAGCAUCUUUGGCAAAGUAUUUCGAAUAUGUUUUGAAAAAGGACCACAGAUUUGACGUUCCCUUAUCGAACAUGGGCCUUGUACUAUUUAAUCUGCGGGCCGGUGACAAUUCUACACAAAAAUUAUUGAAUCUUUUGACAGAGAGGAAGAAACUCUACUUAAUUCCGUGCCACUUCAUGGGAAAACUUGUUGUAAGAUUUGUUGUGUGUAGCAGAUUUACCACGGCAGCUGAUAUUGAGUUUUCCCUAAGGGAAAUUAUUGCAGUUGCAAAUAAACUACUACUCCCGACCCAAGAAGGUGUGUGGCUUCAUAUCGAUGCUGCGUACGCAGGAACUGCCUUUGUGUGUCAGGGAAUGUCUGAAUAA